AUGGCUGCUCUUUCGGACGACAAGGUCGCCAUUAGUGAAGAUGACCACGCCCCAGCUUCUGGUACUGCCAAAGAUACAUCAUUUGCAAAGCUGGCUGCGGAAGAGGAGCACAGUCUCACAUUAGUCCAAGCUAUUCGAAAGUAUCCCAAGGCUGUCUUGUGGUCGGUUCUUCUUUCGACCUCAAUCACCAUGGAAGGCUACGAUAUUGUCCUAAUAACAUCGUUUUUUGCCCAACCUGCCUUCCGACAGCAUUAUGGGAGCUAUCAACCUUCAACUGAUACCUGGCAGAUCACAGCUUCCUGGCAGAACGCUCUGAGCAACGCUGUCAGCGUUGGAACCAUCAUCGGCGCCUUUGCUAAUGGCUAUUUUACGCACAAACUUGGGUAUCGCAAAGUACUUCUCGCCUCCUUAAUAGCUAUCUGUGGCUGCAUCUUCAUUUCCUUCUUCUCGCCCAAUCUCCCUGUCCUUCUCGUUGGGCAGUUCCUGUGUGGCAUUCCGUGGGGAGUAUUCGCUACGAUGGCCCCUGCGUAUGCUUCCGAAGUUUGCCCAAUGGCAUUAAGAGGGUAUCUGACCGUUUAUGUCAACCUCUGCUGGGCUAUCGGUCAACUGAUUUCGGCUGGUGUACAAGCCGGAUUCUCGAGCAAGACUGGGCAAUGGUCGUAUCGCGUACCUUUUGCGAUCCAGUGGGCUUGGCCGAUUCCCUUGUUCAUAGUUCUUUACUUCGCACCCGAGUCGCCAUGGUACUAUGUCCGCAUCGGUGCCUAUCAAGAAGCCGAAAGAUCAAUCGGACGACUGAGUUCUUCUACUGAACCAGGACAUGCCAAACAAGCAGUCGCUAUGAUGAUCCAUACCGAUGAGAUCGAGAAAUCGAUCGACCAAGGCACUUCAUAUAUGGACUGCUUCCGUGGAAUCGACAGACGCAGAACCGAGAUCGCAUGCAUGGCUUUUGCCGCUCAACCUUUUUGCGGAUCAGCCAUGGCUGGAACACCCACAUACUUCUUUGUGCAAGCUGGACUUCCAGAGUCAAUAUCUUUCAGAAUGUCUGUCGGUGGUCUGGGUAUUGCUUCUGUGGGCACAGUCGUAUCAUGGUGGUUGCUGGCCCCCUUUGGUAGGCGUACGCUAUACUUAUGGGGGCUUGGGUUGCUCACUGCGGUGUUAAUGACUGUGGGUUUCAUCAGCAUCGGUGCAGGGGACUCAAAAAGUAGUAAUUAUGCCCAAGCCAGCAUGAUGCUCAUUUGGCUAGGCGUAUACUACAUGACCGUUGGGCCAAUCUGUUAUGCGGUUAUAAGUGAAGUGAGUGCUACUCGCUUGCGAUCAAAGACGGUCUGUGUUAGUCGAAUCGCUUACUACAUUGCCCAAAUCAUUUGCAAUGUUGUCAACCCUUAUAUGCUAAACCCAACUGCCGGAAAUUGGAAAGGAAAGACUGCAUUCUUUUGGGGGGGCUGCUCCUUCUUCUUCUUCAUUUGGACAUUUUUCAGGCUCCCUGAAACCAAGAACAAGACCUUUGAAGAGCUCGACAUUCUCUUUGCCCAUCACGUCAAGACUCGCGAGUUUUCACGGUACAAGGUCGAUGCAUAUGCCGAGCACGAGAAUACAUUUACUAUCAGAGACGGCACACGCCCGUGA